AUGAAAUUUAUGGCUCUUGGAAAAUCAGGGGACGCUAUUUUAAAACACGUACUUAUUGAUUUGGUAGAUGGAAUUGAUACAUCAGCAGAUCGAACUAAAAAACGUUCUCUUACACGUGGAGCAAUCUGGUGGCGCAUAGCAUAUGCAUUUGGUGCGAUUGCUUCAAUAUUGUGGGUUGCCCCAGACGCUUUUGGGGGCGUUCAACCAACCUGGAGAACUACAUUCUUGAUUUGUCUUAUUUCCAUGAUAGCAGCCUUGAUUAUUUUUUGUACAGGACAUAAAGUGUAUCAUCAACAUGAGUUAACUCAAAGACCCGUUGAAAUAUUCUUCAGAGUGUUUCGUGCCAAAGUACAAAAGCUACUCAAGUCCAAGUCAAGAUGUUCCAUGAAUAGUUUAGAACAAGAAAAACUACCAGAAACUAGAAGGCAAGAAAAUGAAGGGAUUGCACUGGAUAGAUCUCCACCGCAUUUAGAUACAAAUGGGAAAAAAUACAGAGGAAAUAGUUCUUACAAAGAGGAUAUAAAGGUGGUACGAAGCCUCUUAAGGAUGUUUCCCAUGUGGGGAACGUUAAUCGUGGUCUCCUUAGUUUCAGCAGCCGGGAGUACUUUCUAUAUUGAACAGUUCAGCAAUCUUAAAGGCAAUGAGGAAAUUCCCGCCCAGAUGUUCGAUGUGAUUCAAGAUACUUCAGGCUUCGCUAUCCUAAUUAUGUAUAGUUGGACUCCUUUCUACAAAAAUGAGAAGCUUAAAAUUGGUGUUGGAAUGUUUUGUUCUGUCAUAUCUUGCGUUUGUGCAUGGAGAUUAGAGGUUUCCAGGUUGAAAGCAGUCACUAAGCAGGGUGAUGAUGAUGAUGACACGUCCAUUAGUUUUCUUUGGUUAGUGCCUCAAUUCAGCAUCCUUGGAUGCAUGGAAUGCCUUGCUGAGGAAGGGUCGUUAAACUUUUUUAAGUCACAAAUAGAAGAACCCAUCAAGAGUUAUCGUGAGGAGUAUAUGGAAGUUGUGAUCUGCUUUGGAAUAUUGGUUAACACUUUUCUCAUUUUAAUACUAAAGACCCAAGGGUGGUUUGGAUACGAUGUCAACAAUGGUACUCGUCUGGACAAGUAUUAUCGACUUUUGGUGUAUCUAUGCUCGGCAAACUUCAUAGUCUACUAUUGCAUUGCGAAAUGUUUCUACAAGGAGACUGAACAGGAACGCCACUCUGCUCAAGGUAACUUGCAACUAAGUCAAAGCGCUGAUCAUGCUACUACUGGGAACAGUUAUAGGAGGAAACGUUUUCUUGUUUUAUUAUCACGUCAAGUUUCUUUUGUGUUUGAUACUCUAUUUUGAACCAUGUUAUUCAUUUUAGUAUUUUCAGG